UUCACGCAGGAGGAAGCGAUCGCUGAGUUUAAAAAAAAAAAAAAUUGAAAAUAAAAAAAUUCCAAUUUAUUUCAAACCCCAAUGACGUCACGAAUUUGUUUGUGUUUUUGAUUGGUGUUGCAACGAGUGAAGUAUCGCUACAAUUGCUUAUUAUGAAUACCAGCUGAUAGCGACUAUCAGCUGUCACGAAAAAAAAAAAAACAAACUUCGAUUCUAAUGUUGCUGGUAAAUUCACAUUUUGCCACGUUCGCGACAAUCGGGAGAUUAUCCAUGUGCGAUUGAGCUCAAUAUAAAAAAAUUCGUUCAACGAAAUGGUGCACAAAGUUACCACAAUGUCGAGCAUAAUAUUUAUUCUCUUAUGCGGAAUAACUUUGACAUCGAGUCAUUAUUUUGGGACUAAUAGCAGAGCCAAUGACCAGUGUUUCUGCAAGCUGAAGGGAUCAAUCGACGACUGCAGUUGCAGCGUCGAUACUGUUGACUCUUUCAACAAUGUGAAGAUUCAUCCUAGGCUGCAGAGUCUCCUAGUCAGGGAUUACUUUAGGUUUUACAAGGUUAAUUUGCUGAAUCCCUGCCCUUUUUGGACUGAUGACAGCAAGUGUUCCAUGAGGCAUUGUCAUGUGAGGCCGUGCCAAGAUGAGGACAUCCCCAUAGGUCUCAAGGGAGAAAUUCCCAGGCACCUCCACAAGGCAGAGGUGUCAGUAGACAAGUACCUCCCUGAGAAUCAGCAGAUAAACUGUGAGCAAACAGCCAAGGAUCACAAUCGAGAGCUGGGGUACCUCAACACCACAAUAAGCUCAGAGAAUUACAAAGAAUUCGAGCGGUGGCAGCAGCACGACGACGCCCAGGACAAUUUCUGCGUCAGAGAGACAAGCCCUGGAGAAUACGUAGACCUCCUCCUGAAUCCCGAGAAGUUCACUGGCUACAGGGGGCCCAGUGCUCACAGAAUAUGGAGGACAAUAUACAUGGAGAACUGCUUCAGACCCGAGAAGAGUCCCCACAACUUCAUCCAGUCAUCGCAGAUGAAUGGCAUGUGCCUGGAGAAAAGGGCUUUCUACAGGGUAAUCUCGGGGCUCCAUGCCAGCAUCAAUAUUCACUUGUCUGCUAAGUCUCUGUUGUCCUACCAGGGUCAGACUCUGAGUCUGGUCUCGGGGACUGCAGAGUGGGGCUCCAAUCUCGAGGAAUUUUACAGACGAUUUGCUCCGGAGAGGACUGGGGGUGAGGGGCCCAAUUGGCUCAAGAAUCUUUACUUCAUUUAUCUCUUGGAACUGAGGGCUUUGGAUAAGGCUGCACCUUAUUUGGAGAAGGAAGAGUAUUAUACUGGGGACGAUGCUGCGGAUGAGGAGACGAGAAUGGCUGUCAAGGAUGUUUUGCAGAUCGUGAGAUCAUUCCCUGACCAUUUUAACGAAAGCUGCAUGUUCAAUGGUGGUGCAGAGGCUGCCACACUGAAGGAAGAAUUCAGACAGCACUUCAGAAACAUCUCAAGAAUAAUGGAUUGUGUGGGAUGUGAUAAAUGUAAAUUAUGGGGAAAAUUGCAAAUUCAUGGGUUAGGCACUGCCCUGAAAAUCCUCUUCUCAGGUAAAUUCGAUCGAUGGGAGCCCAGUGUCAACAAUAUCAGCAGGAAGCAGUUUUAUCUGGAGAGGAGUGAAAUCGUCGCUCUGAUGAACGCCUUUGGAAGGCUAUCUGAAAGCAUUUUUGAACUGGAGAAAUUUCGACAGAUGAUGAGAUAGCCCAAUUCCAGUCCGGAGACGCUGAAAAAAAAUUAAUUAUUCCAGGCACCAGUAUAUCCACAUCACAUAGUAGUAUGAUUUAGGAAGUAAUUUAGAUGAUAUUUGUGCAAAAAGUGAGUAGCAGUAUUGGUUGGGGCAUUUAGAUUCACAUUAGAUUGAUCAAGAUCCUCUGAUUCUUCUCCUGUUCGAUACUACAAUCUUCCUCUCAGUUUUGAUAAUACAAUCUUUACAUUGAAACCGACCAUUUCAUUACUUCUCAAGAGGAACAAAAAGGGAAGUUUAUUUUUCGAUAUUAGUUUUAUCAGAAAAAGGUAAAUUAGGAUAAAGUCCAUUCAGGAUCCUUUUUCAAUCUGAAUGCACUGCCUUCGUCUCUGUAGUUACUAUUUGAUAUGAAUCGACUGCAGAACCUGACUGUGUCUGUGAUAAAUCCCCAUCAUUAAUUUUUUAUUAUUUGAUAGCAGUAAAUAAUGUACUGUUUCGUUAAUUUUAUUUUCAAUUAAUUUGAACAAGCAAUUUUCGAGGGCAAAAAUUGGCUUGUUUGUGUUGUUUUACGAUGAAUUAAAAGAAAUUUAUAGGAGCA